AUGCGGAUAGGAGCUCACUGGCUCCAGCGGCGGUUGAGGUUGCUGAGUGCGGUGUGCCGCAGGGGGAUGGCGAAGAGCAAGUUCGAGUAUGUGAGGGACUUCGAGGCCCCGGACACAUGUCUGCCCAACUGCUGGGUGGUAGUGAGAGUGGAUGGGAGGAACUUCCACAGGUUCUCAGAGAAGCAUAACUUUGAGAAACCCAAUGACAUCCGCGCUCUCCAGCUCAUGAACCGCUGUGCACAGAAUGUGAUGGAGGAACUGAAAGACAUCUGUCUGGCGUAUGGACAAAGCGAUGAGUACAGCUUUGUCUUCCACAAGAAAUCUAGCUGGUACAAAAGACGUGCAAGCAAGUUUAUGACACAUGUGGUUUCACAGUUAGCCUCCAGUUAUGUCUUCUACUGGAAGGAGUUCUUCCCGAAUCAGCCAAUCUUGUACCCACCUGGAUUUGACGGUAGAGUGAUAUUGUACCCCAGUGAGCAGAACCUCAAGGAUUAUCUCAGCUGGAGACAGGCUGACUGCCACAUCAAUAAUCUGUACAACACUGUGUUCUGGAUGCUGGUCCAGAGGGGAGGUUUGACUCCCGCGCAGGCUCAAAAACGACUACAGGGAACACUUGCUGCCGAUAAGAAUGAAAUAUUAUUUUCAGAGUUUAACAUCAACUACAAUAAUGAGCCUUUAAUGUACAGGAAAGGAUCAGUCAUCCUAAAGAAGAAGGUAAAUGAAAUCAGCACGAAGGUAAUAAAGCUAAAAGGUGAAGAAGAGAUUGAAGUGGAGGUAUCCCGCUCACGGAACCAGUUUGCCAUUCUGCAUUGUGAUAUCAUCAGUGACACAUUUUGGGAAGAGAACCCAGAUAUAUUUUCUGGUGAAAGCUGA